AUGGGCAAGACCCUAAAUCAGAAAAACAGGCCCAAUUUGGAGCCUUACAACUUCGGAGAGACGAGGCUAGUUUUGGAGGUGGCCCAGCAUUUGGGGGAGAGCACAGUAAGGACCAUUGCUAUGGACGGUACAGAAGGCUUGGUUAGAGGCCAGAAAGUCCUCGAUUCUGGUGCACCAAUCAAAAUUCCUGUUGGUCCUGAGACUUUGGGCAGAAUCAUGAAUGUCAUCGGGGAACCUAUUGAUGAGAGAGGUCCCAUCAAAACCAAACAAUUUGCUGCUAUUCAUGCUGAGGCUCCCGAAUUUAUGGAAAUGAGUGUCGAACAGGAAAUUCUGGUAACUGGUAUCAAGGUUGUGGAUCUGCUAGCUCCCUAUGCCAAGGGUGACAAAAUUGGGCUCUUUGGUGGUGCCGGAGUUGGCAAGACUGUACUGAUCAUGGAGUUAAUCAAUAAUGUCGCCAAAGCCCAUGGUGGUUACUCUGUGUUUGCUGGUGUUGGUGAGAGGACCUGUGAGGGCAAUGACUUAUACCAUGAAAUGAUUGAGUCUGGCGUUAUCAACUUAAAAGAUGCUACCUCCAAGGUGGCACUGGUGUACGGUCAAAUGAAUGAACCACCCGGUGCUCGUGCCCGGGUAGCUCUGACGGGACUGACUGUGGCUGAAUACUUCAGAGACCAAGAAGGUCAAGAUGUACUGCUGUUUAUUGAUAACAUCUUCCGCUUCACCCAGGCUGGCUCAGAGGUAUCUGCCUUAUUGGGCAGAAUCCCUUCUGCCGUGGGCUAUCAGCCUACUCUGGCCACUGACAUGGGUACUAUGCAGGAAAGAAUCACCACCACCAAGAAGGGAUCUAUCACCUCUGUGCAGGCUAUCUAUGUGCCUGCUGAUGAUUUGACUGAUCCUGCCCCUGCCACUACCUUUGCCCAUUUGGAUGCUACCACUGUGCUGUCCCGUGCUAUCGCUGAACUGGGCAUCUAUCCAGCUGUGGAUCCUCUAGACUCCACCUCUCGCAUCAUGGAUCCCAACAUUGUUGGCAAUGAGCAUUAUGACGUUGCCCGUGGGGUACAAAAGAUCCUGCAAGACUACAAGUCCCUUCAGGACAUCAUUGCCAUUCUAGGUAUGGAUGAACUUUCUGAGGAAGACAAGUUGACUGUGUCCCGUGCACAAAAAAUACAGCGUUUCUUGUCUCAGCCAUUCCAGGUUGCUGAGGUCUUUACAGGUCAUAUGGGGAAGCUGGUACCACUGAAGGAAACUAUCAAAGGAUUCCAGCAGAUUUUGGCAGGUGAAUAUGAUCAUCUCCCAGAACAGGCCUUCUAUAUGGUGGGACCCAUUGAAGAAGCUGUGGAAAAAGCUGUUAAGUUGGCUGAAGAGCAUGCAUCGUGAGGGGUCUUUUUGGCAAACUAAGCACUCAUCCUGUUGUCCCUCUCCUUGUCCCCAAUCCAAAAACCUUCAGUUUUCUGUGUAGGCCACACAAGAGCCUUGAUUGAAGACAUUUUGUUCUGUCUGAAGAGUAUUUAAGGUUUCCAAUAAAAUGUACACCCCUCGGAAAAAAAAAAAA